GCUAUGUUUCCGAUUAAAUACAGGAUGUUCAGUUGUAACAAUAGUCUUCCAUGUAUGACAUAGCCAAACCACAACCCAAUCCAUGCACUGCUUUCGCGGUCACCGGUCAAGCACUCCACUUCAUAAGUUGGGCUUCCUUCAGGACUCGCACCAGGAUGCGAAUCUUAUCAUUUGUUUGCAUGGGAUUGGCCGUGCGUGGGUAAAAUCCCAGCCCCUGUCCGUUGCAUACACGGGAGGAGCUGCGGUCUCGAAUGUAGAACACGACUGGCUGGAGCUGGACUAAUGUAGGAAUGUCUCGGCCACGCUGCAUUACUGACACGGUAACAGUGACAGGAUCGAAAUCGAACUCCAUGCAUGUUGGGAUGUUACACGAGGCUUACGUCCUUUAUGGUGCUUGCCGAGGCACUGGCCUCGGCAGAAUCGAGCUCUCUCUUCCUGUGCACAUGUUUGGCCAGCUCGGACUGCGUCCGCAAUUGUUCAGAACACGGAUUAUGAGUCUGGCUGCUCCAAGGUUACGUUCUCGGGUAAUAGGAGGAUCCUGGCACGCAUGUCUUCUCGCUACAAUAAACAGCCGUAGCGUGUUCCUGGUUCCAGGUAACCCAAUGCAUGCAGCGUGCAGCGUGGAAGCGCAUGGUGAUUACGGAGUUGCACCCCGGUUGGUUGCAAAAUUUGCGCUAGAUAGGAAGGGCUUUGAUAUACAAGUGAUACCUAGUCGCCAUGCAGUACAUUCACUGGCACGGCUAAUAUAGACCAAUUGACGUUUAUAGGCCCGAGCUACAGAAGUUACUUCGCACACGUAAUGACUGGGCUUCUGUACUUCUGGUUCCAUGCGCUAGUGAC